UGAUUCGCCACCGUACUUUCAGCGCAUUCUUCGUGGAGUCGAUACGAACAGCGCACAUACGUUUGACACCGAACGGAUAUUUACAAAAUAAAGACCGACGCCGUUAUAUUGGAAGCGGGGAGAAUGGGGUGUCGAGAGGUUUUUAUACUCCUGAUGUUCGCGACAUCGACAUUCGCUGUUGAGGUGUCGUCAGACACAGGUACAGGACUGCUGGCCGAGCCGCAGGUGGCCAUGUUCUGCGGCAAACUCAACAUGCACAUCAACAUUCAGACCGGAAAAUGGGAAACUGAUCCAUCCGGAACCAAGAGCUGCAUCGGAACUAAAGAGGGAAUUCUACAGUACUGCCAAGAGGUGUAUCCAGAGCUGCAGAUCACCAACGUUGUGGAGGCCAAUCAGCCUGUCAAUAUCUGGGACUGGUGCAAGAAAGGACGCAAGCAGUGCCGCAGUCACAUGCACAUUGUGGUGCCCUACCGCUGCCUGGUCGGGGAGUUUGUGAGCGACGCUCUUCUGGUGCCUGAUAAGUGUAAGUUCCUGCAUCAAGAGCGAAUGGACAUGUGCGAGAGUCACCUGCACUGGCACACCGUUGCCAAAGAGUCUUGCGGUGACCGGAGCAUGAAUCUCCAUGACUACGGGAUGCUGUUGCCAUGCGGUAUCGACCGUUUCCGUGGCGUUGAGUUUGUGUGCUGCCCUGCAGAAACAGAGAAAGAGUCAGACAGUGCGGCCGCAGAGGAAGAUGAUUCAGAUGUGUGGUGGGGGGGAGCAGAAGCCGACUACACAGAGAACAGUAUGGUCCGAAACACUGAAACAGCAGCUGCUGUAGUUCAGGAUGACGCAGAUGCUGAUGAGGAAGACGAGGAGCCGCUGGAUACAGAUCAAGAUGGAGAUGGAGAUGAGGAAAAUGACGAGGUCAUCGAUGAGCGCAGCGACAACAGGCAGAGCACCAGUGUUGCCAUGACAACCACCACCACCACCGAGUCCGUGGAGGAAGUCGUCAAAGAGGUGUGUUUUGCGAGUGCUGAGACGGGUCCGUGCCAGGCGAUGUUGCCUCGCUGGUAUUUUGUGCGCGAGGAGGGCCGUUGUGCACCCUUCACAUACGGAGGCUGUGGAGGAAACCGUAAUAACUUUGAGUCAGAGGAGUACUGUCUGUCCGUCUGCAGUAGUGUGUUGCCCACUCCCUCCUCCAGCCCACCGGAUGCUGUGGAUCGGUACCUGGAGACCCCCGCAGACGAGAAUGAACACGCUCACUUCCUAAAGGCCAAAGAGAGUCUGGAGGCCAAACAUCGUGAGCACAUGUCACAGGUGAUGAGAGAAUGGGAAGAGGCUGAGAGACAGGCCAAGAGUCUGCCACGCAACGACAAGAAAGCCGUCAUCCAGCACUUUCAGGAGAAGGUGGAGGCGCUGGAGCAGGAGGCCGCUAGUGAGCAACAGCAGCUGGUGGAGACGCACAUGGCGCGCGUGGAGGCGCUACUGAUCGACCGACGGCGGCUCGCCCUGGAGAGUUACCUCGCCGCCCUGCAGGACGAUCCACCCAGGCCACGUCACGUGUUCAGUCUGUUGAAGAAGUACAUCCGAGCGGAGCAGAAAGACCGACAGCACACGCUCAAACACUUUGAACAUGUGCGCAUGGUCGACCCCAAGAAAGCUGCUCAGUUUCGCCCUCAGGUGUUGACCCAUCUGCGUGUGAUAGAGGAGCGGAUGAAUCAAUCUCUCGGGCUGCUGUACAAGGUUCCGGGGGUUGCAGAAGACAUUCAGGACCAAGUUGAGCUGUUGCAGCGCGAGCAGCAGGAAAUGUCCGCACAGUUGGCGAACCUUCAGAGUGACGUGCGGGUGAGUUAUGGUAACGACGCCCUGAUGCCCGACAGCACCGUCAGUCUCGACCUGUUACCUGCUGGAGACACGCAAGGUUUCGGCUUCAUCCACCCUGAGAGCUUCAACCAGCCCAACACACAGAACGAAGUUGAGCCUGUUGAUGCUCGACCUGUUCCUGACCGAGGACUCCCAACACGACCCGUAUCUGGACUGAAUCCUGAAGAUGUUCCUGAGUUGCGGAUGGAGGCUGAAGAGAGACACAGUGACGUUUACCACCAGAAACUGGUUUUCUUCGCAGAGGAUGUCAGCUCCAAUAAAGGAGCUAUUAUUGGCCUGAUGGUUGGUGGUGUUGUCAUAGCAACCAUCAUUGUCAUCACCCUGGUGAUGCUGAGGAAGAAGCAGUACACGUCCAUUCGUCACGGGAUCAUUGAGGUGGAUGCUGCAGUGACUCCAGAGGAUCGUCAUCUGUGCAAGAUGCAGCAGAACGGUUAUGAGAAUCCCACCUAUAAGUUCUUUGAGCAGAUGCAGAACUGAUGGUGUAGACGUUACCCUAAACCCUCCCUAAACCCCUCCACCCACCCCUCAUGAUGGGACAGAGCAGGUGACGCCAUAUGUAGCUCAUGGCUACAAACAUCACGCUUAUUAUUGGUCCAUGUCUGUCAAAUGCAUUAUUGAUAUUCAAUUUAAUGCACAGUUCAAAUUCAGUUCAGUGCACAAUUCUAAUUGAAAAUCAAUCCAUAAUUCAAAUUUAAUUGGCAAUUCAGGUUCAGUUCAAAUUCAAUGCACAAUUCAAAUUGCAAUUCAGUGCCCAGUUCAAAUUCAGUGCAUAAUUUGAAUUCAAUUCCUUGCACGAUUCAAAUUAAAAUCAGUGCUCAAUUCACAUUGCGGUUCAAAUGCAUAAUUCAAAUCCAGCGUAAAAUUAAAAUUGUGUACAAAUUCAAUACAUAAUUAAAAUUCAGUUCAAUUAAGUGUACAAAUCAAAUUCAAUGCAUAUUUUGAAAUUCAUUCAGUUCACAAUUGCAAUUCAAUGCAUCCUUCAAAUCCAAUACAUAAUUACAUUUCAAUGCAGAGUUCAAUGCACAAUUUGUAAAUUCCGUUCAGUUCACAAUUCCAAUCGCAAUUCAAUGCACAAUUCUAAUUCAAUGUAUAAUUAAAUUUCAAUGCACAAUUCAAAUUUAGUGCAUAAUUCGAAUUCAGUGCACAAUUCUAAUUCAAUGCAAUUCAAUUUAAAUAAAAAAUUCACCCCAGAAUUUUUAACUAAUGAAAUCAGUUUGAUUUAGUUUGAUUAGAGUUGAUAUAUAAUUCUCUAAGUUGCCUGAAAUGUAGGUAAAUGUGAUCUGUAGACUCGCUGUAUUCCUCCAGUACGGUAACAGAGCUGUAUCAGGUUCAGGUCUUGGCUGGAAUUGGACAGCGUUUAGUCAGUACUAGUUGUUUCUUGUUUAAGGCUGUUGAGUUACUGGUUUGUCCGCUGCACUGUCUCACACUCCUCAACAAUUAAACACUGGGACAUCUGACCGAUGAACGUCAGUGGCUUCAUCCUGUCAGACAAACUUCCCCCCCACCACCCCCCACCCUUCAUCACACCAUGACUGCAGCUGUGCUGUGUUUGGUGACGCAGAUCAUAGACAAUAACAUUGAUCACAAAAAAUAAUGUAGAAAAUGGUGAAAUUGAUGUCUUUAUGAACGAGAUCUUGAAAAUAUUUUAUUGAUUGUUUCUGGUUUGUUUUUCAAAAAAUAAGAAAAGAAAUCAAUGUAAAAAUGAAAACAUUUGCCAAAAAAAAAAAGUGUUUUUUUUAUGUCAUGUCAAUAUUGAAGUAAUGCAAAAAAAAACAAAAAAAAAAAACAAUAAGAAUAGUUGUAACUGUAGUGCAUGAUAAAAAAAAAUGUAUGAAAAAACUGCUAUUUGGAUCUUGGUCUUUUCUCACGUAGAGACAUUGUAGAAGGUUUAACGGUUAGUAACUUGUAAAAGUGUGACUUGAGUCACACAAAAAAAUAAAUGAAAUUGGCUUUCCGCUUUGAUAAAAUUUAAAUCAGUGGUUCUCAACUGGUUUUGAUUCAGGACCAAUAUUUUAUAUUAGACAAAGCAGCAACUGAACACAGUACUAAAACUGUUUAUCGAACAUAAACAUUUCCUUAAAAUAAGAUGUUGAAAGUUAUUAACAUUUAGGUUUUUAAAGGAUGGCGGCAUGUCAUGCAACCUGUCCAUAUUGACAUCUGUCUAAUUUGGCUCGUUUCUACCGAAUGAAACAAUUAAUUUUGGCCAAAAAAAAAAAAAAAAAGUUGGACAGGACACACUUUUUUAAAAGUCUAUUUAUUAUGCCAGUGUUAAAAAAUACAUUUAUAUGGCUUGUUGUUGUUGUUGUUGUUUUUGCAUUUAGCAUCGUUUUCCCUUUUGUCUGGGAUCAGAACAGAGCUGAGACCCAUUUUUGAAUCGUGACCCACCAGUUGAGAACCACUGCACUGAAAACACGUGCUUUUAUUUUAAUAUCUUGUUUGCUUUUUAUGAAAUGAAGCUCCAGCUCUGGAUGGCUGGUUAAGGUUAUCGGUGUACAUUACUAUCUUUAAAUUUAAUUGUUCUUAUCCUAUGCAUUUCAGAGAUUUAUUUACUACUUCUUUAUAAACAGCUAUUUAAUUUUGAUUUUCCAUUGGACUCGUGGUUGUAUGUGUUUUUUAAGCAGGUGUUCUUGGUCGGUGCGGUUGGGACGGGACAUGUUCUGUAUGUUUGUAUAGUCAGUUUUGUGUUGUUGCAUCACUCUGUGUGAGCAGAAGUAGAAAACAUCUUUCUCCUCUUGGUUUCUUGUUUGUCUCAUGUUACACAGCAGCACCACUGAAGCUUGUGAAAUCUCAUUCAACUGAUUCUUUGCUGCAGAAACAGAUGAGCGAUUGUGAAACCUGUCAGGAUUCACUGAAAUUUACUUUCAAUUAAAAUGUAAUGCAUAAAUCAAAUUCAGUUCAACUUCAAUACACAGUUAAAAUUCAAUGCAUAAUUCUAAUUCAGUUCAGUACACAAUUCAAAUUGAAAUUAAUUGCAUAAUUAAAAUUCAAUGCAUAGAUUCUGCAUUGAAUUAUGCAUUAAUGCAUGAAACCUGUCAGGAACAUGUCCAGGUCAAAUUUCACCCCAAAGUCAAAAGUAAGAAAUGUGAAAUCAAUUUUGCAUAAAUGCAUAAAGAAAGUGAAGCCUAUUUUUAGGACCAUACAAAUGUUUACGCAUUGUGACAUUAUUUUUAUGAUAAUCACAUUUCUCCUUGAAGCCUCAUUACGGUAAUGAAGAAAUAAUUGUAUUUACAUUCAUCUUGUAAAAACAUCAUGGUAGUAUUUGUUGUACUGAAUUUUCUGUGAAUUUUAGUUUAUAAACAAAAAUUGUGUCUGAAAUGGAUGGUUAACAUCGUAUUACAGUACAAAUAUUUUUCUUUUUUUUUUUUUUGCCUGUGGGGAGGAAAAUAUGUUUAUCAUGCAAAUAAUAUCAAUGCAAAAAAAAAAAAAAAAUCUCAGCUAGAUUUCAGUUUCUUCAUGCAAAAUUGCUUUUUGAUUAUGGGAUGAAAUGUGACCUGAUAAUUCACCCAGAAUGUCUUUGGUGAUAAAUUCUGAAUGCAUCAUGCACUGCUGCUUUUGCCUGUAGUUAACACAUCCCACCUCAGAAAGGUUCAUAAUCAAAAAUAAACCUGUAUAAUGAAUGUCAGUCAAUCGUUUACUUAAUCGACUCUCAAGGCAAACAAUUAAGCGAUGAAUGUUUAUCAUGGUCAAUUAUUUUCAUGUUUAAUUUACCUGGAUGGGAUUUCUCAGUGUGGAUUGCUGUAUAGUGCUGUGGUUUGAUCAGAUCUGGAAUGUUUUUUAAAUGUUGACUGGCUGCACAUUAGAUCUACAGAAAGCUGAUGAGCUUCUUUAAUUCAGUGGCAUUUCAUUCUUCUCUUUGUAACAUUUGCUUUGACUGGUAAAACAAUUAUGCUUUCUACACUGUAUUCCAUAAAUAAAGAUUUGAAUGUACAUACAGA